ACUAGCGAGCGCAGAGCCGAACGAGACUGGCGGUCUGACGCUGACGAGUGACGACCGGCAACGAGUCGAGUCGAGCCUCCUCGAGUACAACUGAAUACCGAGUUGUGAGUUGUAGUCGGCAGCCGAGUCAUUAAUCAAAUUCCAACGGUCCUCAAGUUUCGUGUGUACGGCGAGCGUGCGUGCGUAUGUUAUUAUUGUUUUCCCCUCCACCGGUGCCACGGGAAGGAAAAAAAAAUGGUGUUCGUGUGUCGUCGGAUUGCGCGCAACUAGAGGAGCCGUGGCCGCAAAACGAAAUGGUUUUCCGCGUUCCUCCGCCGCCGGUAGUCGUUUUUGUUCGCUCGUCCGCGUAGAUCGGUCGCCGUCGCGCGGUUCCGUGUUGUUGUCUGUGUGAUUGUGCGUGCGCGUCGAGCUUUUACGUUCGCCCUCCAACCGGUUGGCGGCUGGUGUGAUGGUCGCCCGUUGUCGCUUGAACGUGUCGUCGUAGGAGAGCAGCAGCUGCCCGCGGUCGCUGUCCGUGUUGCCGGCGUCAGUCAGGCGGCGGUUGAAAUGGCCGAGUAUUAUCAGGGUGAAUAUUUAUACAAUCCUGUUUUAUAUGAAUUGGGUUUUAAGUAUGGUUUGGUAACAAACACUGAUGGUAUAGGACACGAUCCGUCGAUCAUCGAUGCAUUAACUCCUGCCCGAUUAGACGAGCUGAAGGAAACCAUUAGGCGUGAGAUUCGACGAGAGCUUAAAAUCAAAGAAGGGGCUGAAAAAUUGCGUGAAGUUGUCACGGAUCGAAAAUCAUUGUCAGAUGUUACGGAUAUCGUGAAGAAAUCCAACACUAAGCUUGCAGAACUUCAGGCAGAACUACAAGAACUUGAAUCCCAUAUCAUACUCAGCCAUGGAGCAACAGGACAACAGUCGUGUUCUGGUGCUUCAAAUAAUUCGUUUUCAUCUGGAGUUCAUAAGACAUCUGGAAUAAAUGGUUCAACAGAUCGACCUAUUUCAAGUUCUUUGCCUAUGCAGUUUGUUGGUCAAUCACCUAACCAAGUCCAAGAAUCUAAUUUUGUGAGUGACCUCAGACUAGUGCAAUUAGAAAAACAGCUGAAUAUAGAAUUAAAGGUCAAACAAGGAGCUGAAAAUAUGAUUCAAAGUUUAAGUAAUGGCCAUUCACGAGAUAAAAAGUUAUUAGCUGACGCCCAACAAAUGUUAUCAGACUCUAAAUUGAAAAUUGAAUACCUAAGAAUGGCUAUUUUGAAAGGAAAGCAGACUAAACAGCAAAAAGAAGAAAUGAAAUCUAAUAGUGAAAACAAACAUGAGAAGUCUGAGUCACAUUUAGAAACCCCAUUGGAAGAACGUGUUGCAGAGCUAAGGCAUAGAUUAAGAAUUGAAGCAGCGGUUGUAGAAGGAGCCAAAAAUGUUAUUAGAACAUUGCAAAGUUCCAAAAUUGCAGAAAAAAAAGCUCUUCAAGAAGCACAAGCCAAUCUUUCAGAAUCUAGUUGUAAAUUGGAUCUUUUGCGACAGUCGCUUGAACACCGUCGCCAAGAGCUUCCAGCUAAUUCAACAACAGCUAUCCAAUUAGUACGAGAAUUACAAAACGCUCAAGCUGCUAGUCCAACUCCAAAUCAUGCUUAUGUUAGUUUACAGCCAUUCCUGAAAACAGAAAGAAAUGUCAUACCAGAAAAAGCUACUGUAUCUAGGUGUGCUGCGGUCACUGGUAAACUUGAAGUUAGGUUAAUGGGGUGUCAGGAUUUGCUUGAAGAAGUUCCAGGUAGAUCAAGACGAGAAAAAGACAAUCCUGGAGAUUUAAGAUCUUUUGUAAAAGGGGUAACGGGGCGUAGUUCUAGUAAAUCAUACAAUAUUAAAGACGAAAUUAGUAAUGAAAUCAUGGCUGUUAUUAAACUAGAUAAUCAAACAGUUGGUCAAACUAGCUGGCGACCAUGUUCUCAACAAGCAUGGGACCAAAGAUUUUCAAUUGACUUGGAUAAAUCUCGAGAGCUUGAGAUUGGUGUAUAUUGGAGAGAUUGGCGAUCAUUGUGUGCCAUUAAAUUUCUUCGAUUAGAAGAAUUUAUUGAUGAUAUUCGACAUGGUAUGGCUUUACAAUUGGAACCACAAGGACUUCUUUUUGCAGAGAUCAAAUUUUUAAAUCCUAUGAUAUCACGUCAACCUCGUUUACGAAGACAACGCAAAAUAUUUAAACAGCAAGCUAAAAACUUCCCUAGAGCCAAUCAAAUGAACAUCAAUAUAGCUGCUUGGAGUAGACUUCUUAAAAGAUCUUCACCUUCAAUCCAAAAUUCACCAUUAGUUCCUGUACAGCAACACUCAAGAUCACAUUCACACUCUGACAGCUCUACAGAUGGAGGUGAUACAAGACUCGAAGAAAAAUGUACACCUGGUGAAACACCUGAACCAAUUAACACUUGUGGAUUGGCUGGCGCACGUCCAUUAGGUUUAGGGGUUGCAGUUCUACCACCGCUGCCACCUACUAUCACUGAACAGCGAAAUCUAUCUACGGGGUCUCCCACAUUCCUACCUUCAACAGUUAUAGCAGCAAAUAAGAGAACACCAGCUGUACCAACCGUGCCACCUCCAAGGCCACCACGACAAUUAGAUCAAGAGCUGCAGAAUGCGUUGAAGGAAUUUGACUUUUUACAUGACGACGAGCAACAGACAUUACCACCAGUUCAUAGGAGACAUAUAAUGACAAUGUCUGUGAGCAUAGAAAGUGUUGGAAGUUCAACUUUGGGAACACCGCAGCCGUCUCCUCUUGUAGAGUUUCCCCAGGACGAGUCGCCACUAUUUAGUCAUCCUGUUUCUCGUGUACUUGAUUACCGGGAAAAUGAACCAAAAGCAUAUCAUCUUACAACAUCUAAUAAUGUGCAACCCGCGGAAUCUAAUAAAAUCACACUAUCUAGUGCUUUCAAAUUUUCUCAAAUGUCUAUGGAUGAUUUUAGACUGCUUAGUGUAUUGGGCAGAGGCCACUUUGGAAAGGUAAUUUUGUGUCAACAUAAAAAGUCUAGUGAAUAUUUUGCCAUAAAAGCACUGAAAAAAGGUGAUAUAAUUGCCCGUGAUGAAGUUGAGUCACUGUUGUCCGAAAAAAGAAUAUUUGAAGUUGCAAACGAUAUUCGACAUCCAUUCCUUGUAAAUUUAUUUGCUUGCUUCCAAACUGAUGCUCAUGUCUGUUUUGUAAUGGAGUAUGCUGCUGGUGGUGAUUUGAUGAUGCAUAUACACGCCGAUGUGUUUACAGAACCGAGGGCGGUGUUUUAUGCUGCCUGUGUUGUUUUAGGAUUACAGUAUUUACACGAAAAUAGUAUAAUUUAUCGUGACUUGAAAUUGGAUAACUUAUUAUUGGAUACUGAUGGGUAUGUAAAAAUAGCUGAUUUUGGAUUGUGCAAAGAAGGUAUGGGAUAUGGGGAUCGAACUGGAACAUUUUGCGGAACACCCGAGUUUUUAGCUCCGGAAGUUCUCACUGAAACGUCAUAUACACGUAGUGUUGAUUGGUGGGGUCUUGGAGUUCUUAUAUUUGAAAUGCUUGUUGGAGAGUCACCAUUCCCAGGUGAUGAUGAAGAAGAAGUAUUUGAUUCUAUUGUGAAUGAUGAAGUUAGGUAUCCCAGGUUCUUGUCAUUGGAAGCAAUUGCAAUUAUGCGAAGACUUUUACGCAAAAAUCCGGAACGAAGAUUAGGAUCGAGUGAAAGAGAUGCAGAAGAUGUGAAAAAACAAGCAUUCUUUAGACAAGUUGUUUGGGAUGAUUUGUUACACAGAAAAGUUAAACCACCAUUUGUACCUACAGUUAAUUCUGUUGAAGAUGUAAGUAACUUUGAUGAAGAAUUUACUUCUGAAAAACCACAACUAACACCACCCAAAGAUCCAAGACUGUUAAAUGAUGAUGAACAACAGUUAUUUAAAGAUUUUACAUAUACAGCUGACUGGUUUUAACAGGGUAUAUAAAAUUAAAUUUAAAAAAAAAAGAUUUUUCAUGUUUAAUUUAUGUUUGUAUUAUAAUCGAUCAAAUUGUAAUAGCUAAAGCUAGCUAAUCAUAUAGUUUAGAUGCAAUUUUAAUUAUUAUUAUUUAUUAUGUAUUUGUUCGUUAAUUUUUCUUUUGCGGACAUUUUUCCAAAAUGAUUGUGAUUUAUAUUUUAAGUUGGAAAACUUGACACAACAGAGCUGCUCAGAUAAAAUUUCUUUCACAAAUAGUUACCACACAAAUCUUUUAAAUAGAAAAGUCUAAACAUUGAUUCAUUGAAAAAUUCCCUCAAUAAUGAAUAGAAAAACAAUUUGAUGACUAAUUUUUAACUACCACUAUUUAGAAUGUAAGAUAUUUAGUUGUUGUAAAAUUUUAAAACUGUUUUUUAUAAAUUUAGUGUUAAAGUUUAUAUAGAAAUAACUUUAUAAUUUUGUGUAAAAUAAAUGCAUUAAAUUUGUGUAUAAACAUAGAAAAAAAAGUAACUUUUAUAUAUUUAACAUGUUUAAUAUGGAAAUGUGAAAUGAUUAUUAUUGGCAUGUUUUAAAUAGCAAACUAUAAAAACUUAUUUUAUUGGCUAGCUGGUAUGUUCGUAGAUAUUUUUAUUUACUAUGCCACAUAUUUGUCUUAUGUUAAAAAUUAUUGUUUUAUUUAGCUCAAAUUAUUAUUGACAAUAAUAUGCUCACUUAGUAUCUUAUGAUUAGUAUAUUAUUUUUGUUGUUCAUAAAGUUGAUUUAAAAUUGUUAAGGCUUUAAAUAUUACAAUAUUAUAUUUUAAAAGAAAUCAUACUAUUAUGUAAUGGACAAAAUAUAAUCAUGAUUAUGUAUAUUAUAUUAUAUAUUAUAUUGGAUAUCACUUUUUAUAAUAAUAA